AUGGCUGUGAACUACGUUCGUGUGUUUUUUCCAUCGGCAGCCCUGGUUGAGACGGGAGGGACCCCAGUGAAACAAGCCGGAUGCUCAUUGUUAGUUAAAAUCAUCAUUGGAAUAACAGUCAGUACCGUAAUCGUAGCCGGUGCCGCAUCAGCUGGUUACUUUCUCACUGUUGAUACAAAUACUAAAAAUGUUAAAGGAAACAUUCAACUAAAUUCAUCCACAACUGAGCCAUUCUCGGGACAAACCACAACUGACAUCACAGACCAGCCGGCAUCUGGACAAACUACCAAUGAAGCUACUAUCGACCAUACUACACAAAUAUCCAAUAGUCGAAACACAGACUCGAAUCUUGGCGAACAAACCACAGGUGCAGGUCAACCCGGACAAACAACGGGUGCAGGCCAACCCGGACAAACAACGGAUAUAGGCCAACCAGGACAAUCCACGGGAGCAGGCCAACCCGGACAAACUACAGGCGCUGGCCUAGCCGGACAAACUACAGGUGUUAGCCAACCCGGACAAACUACAGGCGAUAACCUACCGGGACAAACCACAGGCGCUGGCCAACCCGGACAAACUACAGGUGCAGGCCAACCCGGACAAACUACAGGUGCUAAUAUAGUUGGGCAAAAUUCAGGACAGACCAACGAGGUUCUGAAUACCGGAAUAACUAACCCACCACCGUCAGUGAACAGCUCCCAAACAUCGGGUCAAAUAGGAAAUGCCUCAACACCAUUAAGUGGCAGCACGACUUCUUCAUCUGAUAAUAUCACUGGUGGAACUUCUCCGAACCUUGGAGCCUCAACAACCACUCCACCAACGACCGUCCGUACAACUCCAACUGGUCCAGUCUGCCCUGAUGGCUAUGUUAGAACGGUGAUAUUUUCUGAAUAUCGUGGUAACUCUGUCAAUCUCUGGCUGCGGGGAGCUGAUAUCCCUCUCAUCCAUUUACAGUCAGCUGAUUCCGGCUACAAUAGAUUUGCUCGAGGUGAUACUAAGUUGGAUUGGACUGGGAAAGAAGCUGGCCAAGUUGCCGAAGCAAAGGGAACUCCAACUACAAGAACUACAAAUGAAUUGACAUCACCAUCAUAUCACCCUCUUAAUACAUUUGGCACUGAUUAUUGGAUAACAGAUGCCUGCCUUGAUUGUACCGGGACAGGAAAUAACCGCUUCCAAUUAAAAAUGUUUUCCUUCGAUUGGGAAAAUGUGAACGGUGGUGACAGCAAUUGUUUCAAUGGCGGCAACCACUAUGCCAUGUGUGGAAAAAUAAAUGUUUUUAAGUAUGGUAUAACAAGUUGCCAGAUAAAUGACUUUCCAAACCAAAAUGCUUAG